AUGGGUGGGUGGUUAUCUUCUAUGAAGUCCUUAGUAUGGGGGAAGAGCGAAGUUCGGAUCCUUAUUCUCGGACUUGACAACGCCGGCAAGACCACUCUUCUUUACAGAUUAAAGAUCGGUGAAGUUGUGACUACAAUACCCACUAUUGGCUUCAACGUUGAAUCAGUGACGUACGGGAAUUUGAACUUCAAUGUCUGGGAUCUCGGAGGCCAAACGUCUAUUCGCCCAUACUGGCGAUGCUACUACGCCAAUACCGCCGCCGUCAUCUUCGUGAUCGACUCCACAGACGUUGAACGACUCGGUACAGCUGCCGAUGAACUCGCCGCCAUGCUCAACGAAGAAGAACUCCGCGAGGCUGCCCUCUUAGUGUUCGCGAACAAACAAGAUCAACCCGGUGCCAAGGGCGCCGGGGAGAUUUCAGAGGCACUGAAGCUUGGCGAGCUGCGGGAUAGGAACUGGAGUAUCGUCGCAUGCUCUGCCAUCGACGGUAAGGGUCUCAACGAGGGUAUGGAUUGGUUGGUGUCAACUCUUCAAGCAGAAAGCUCAUAA